GACAAACUGUAUUUACUGCAGUCACGUCCGAUCACGACCCUGAACACAUGGACUGAUUUCGAGCUCGAUCACGAAAUGGAUACUCCUCUGGUAUCGGAAAAGACAGUAUCCACUGUGGGCAAUACAAAAGAAGUGAUUCCCAGAGCAGCAACAGUGCUAUCACAAACGAGCUGCUUACUGUGUAUCAAUAAGGCCAUGCAACUUUAUUCACAAAAAAAUACCGACCCAAUAUCACAAAUGGGUGUUUUGACAUUCCAGCAUAACAUCAUGGUAGAUGUCGCACUGUCUCUUCACAGAAAUGUUUCCAAAGAGAUACAAAUGAGUUCCAAAAUUUUGGAUCUAGCUGUGUUUGGCCAUUCCGUCCUGGAUGAAAAAAUGAAUGAGAUGUUCGUAAAUAAACUUGGAGUCACCUCUGCUUUGGAUGCCAUUAUGGAGUUUUUCCGAAUAUUCAAUUCUGCCAGAAAAAUGAAAGAGACUCUAGCCGAAGCUAAGCAGUUGGUGAACAAUUUGAAUCUAGAUUACAAAGAGAACGAGCCACCUUCGUCAAUAUUCAGGAGAAUUGAUGAUGCUCUUGAGGAUGUUUCCAGAGUAUCGAUUUGUCACUGUAAAACCACUUCUGUGUCAGUUCUUUAUCAAGUGAUUGUAAUGAAUAUUCUGUUGGGAAGAGAAAAAGUGCUGGAAUUCUUAGAAUGCCUAAUGUUUGCUGAUGACCUAAAAAUGUAUAAACAAGUACAAACAGUGAGGGAUUGUGUAAUGCUUCAAAAAGAUCUGAACAAGUUUGAAGUUAAUGAAGAAUCUUGGGCAGAAAAUCCAUCGAAGGUCAUAUCCAUGAUUCAGGCUAAUAUAAAACACGAGAGAAACACGAAAAAGGAAAGGAUUCUUCCAGUAGAUGUUAUUAAAAAUUUGGCUUCACCAAAAAGUGAAAUCACAAGGAAACUUCUCCUAAUUCCAAUAAAGAAAAUGAGAGUUGCAGUAGGUAUUCGAGAACAAACGAAAUCAGAGAUGGUUCGGGCUUUCGACAAAAUCCGACAAGCCUACAGACAUCUGAGUCAAGAAAUGGUAUCCCACGGUCUACUUCCAUCAAAGGAUUUGAUAUAUCAUCUAACUCAUAAAGAAAUCGGUCAAAUCAUUCACAGUCGAAACCCUGUUUUAAUCAACAAAGCUAUGAAGCGACGUAAGUUAUAUCAGAAAUGGGACAAACUGAAAUUUCCAGAGAUAAUGUUUGGCAUUCCAUGUCCUGAAGAUGUAGUAUCCACCCUUCAGAUUAACUCUUCGGAAGAAACUUGUAAGGGAACGCCAGUCUGUACAGGUGUUGUGCAAGCCAGAGCUUGUGUCAUCAAUGGUUUAGAUGAAAUCCAUCAAUUGCAAACUGGGGAUAUACUAAUAACAUACAGUACUGACAUCGGGUGGUCUCCUUACUUCCCAAUGCUUUCAGGGAUCGUUACCGAACUGGGUGGCCUCAUUUCACAUGGUGCUGUUGUAGCUAGAGAAUACGGUUUACCAUGCAUUGUUGGAGUCAAGAAUGUUACAAAAUAUUUUGAAACUGGCGACAUGGUUCUAUUAAAUGCAAAAACAGGCGAACUUGGACGAAUUCAAAUGUAAAAGAUAAUUAGUAGAAUUUAAAUUAUUUGUUCAAUUUUAUUGAUCAAAAGUUUACUAUGAUUUUAUUUGAUAAGCAGUAUAAUAUAAAAAUAACAAUAAAAAUUAAUUGACGCUC